UUCACAUAUCUUUUUCAUCUAAUAAGCACCGCUCACUCUACUUUCCUUUCCCCAUAAAUUCACCAAGUCUAGCUCUUCUCUAUCUAUUUGCAACACCAUAUGGAGGGUGGAUACUUGAGUUAUAUGAUGACUAGGAAUCCUUAUUGCUGGACAAUCGAGCAUCAAAAGGAUCUCCUCGAGAAUGAAGAUCAAAAUUUGCCAGAGGACAAUUUUUUUGUUCUAUGUCGAAUUCGAAAAUUGUACCUUCAUUACUAUGUCAUGGAGGAUGGUAAUUGGAGAUUCUAUAAUUGUACACAUUUUGAUUAUCAUGCUGGAAGAAGGUUUUAUUUUGGCAUCGAAGAACAUGACACAUGGUCCAAGAUAUUAGAUCAAAUUAUUCAAUGUUUACAUGUUCCUCUCAUGUAUCGAGUAGAUAUGGCACAAGACAUUGAAGAUAAGUUGUUGCUGAUCCUUCAAGAAAAUGAAAGAUCAAGGAGAAUCCCAAUUAUCAUCGACAUAAUCCAUCGUAUUCCUCAAAUAAUUUCAAAUCCUUGUCAAGAUUAUCAUGAGGAAGCUAAUAAGGAUGAGGUUGGGUUGAUAGAGCUGGAAAUUGCGAUGAAUUUUUUGGCCUUGGAAGAGACACGUGUGUUUGUUCCUACAAUUCCAGCAUCGAGGGAUGCUGUUGAAGCACUUGAGAAGGGGAAAGUUGAGACAAUGAAUGGUGAAGAGAAUUUUUGUGAAACUUGUAUGAUAUGUUUAGAUAAUUUGUUUACAGAGGGAGUUGUUGAACUUGCUAGCAUGCCAUGCAGGCAUCUUUUUCAUGGAGAUUGUAUUGUUCAAUGGCUUGACAAAAAUCAUGUUUGUCCCUUGUGUCGUUCUAAGAUGCCUGUUGACAAAAAAUAAGGCUUUGAUGUUUAUGGACAAACCUCAUCUUCUGUACUACUAUUAGAUUUUUUAAUUUUGAUGUUUAGUUGUUAUUUUUUGUUUGAAAAAGUUAUUUUGCAUGGUAGGGGUUAGAUAGAUUUCUACCAAUUUGUUGAAUAUUAAAAAGUUGUGUAAGGUCUUAUCUCUAAUUUUCUUUUAUUGAAUAAUUAAGUUUGUUUUUAAAUUAGUGUGUCGAUGGGGCUGAACAUUCAAAUAGAUAGAGGUCUAGAAUAAUAUGUUGUCAGUGUGAAAUAUGGGUAUAGUAAUGAAGUUUGACCGAAAUGAACGAUUCAAUUCCUCAAGAAGAAAGGAGAGAAUGUAUUUGGCCAACGUAUGUUGGAAUUCAUCUACGAGCUAUAGUCACUAUCAUAUGACGCAACAUGAAGUGAAAUCUAAUAUGCUAAUUAACGCCUUAUUGCAAAUUACACUGGACACAGGCGACACCAAGGACAACGUCAAUGCCCCAACAGUCCCCAGAUGAAACCUCUGGUUUUCGGGCCUGACAACCGUUAGCUGCCUGUUUCCAGCAGCUGCUACUCACACUCACGGUUCCGGUGAUGGUCUCAGGGCUCGAGGG